UUAAUAUACAGCUGUGCGUCAUCUAUGCUAUUACCAAACUAUUGAUGCCAACUGAAAAUCUCAUGAUUGCUCUUCUUGAGGAUUAAAGAAGAUCCAGUUUAUGAAAGUCACAAAAAAAACAUAAAUUUAUCUACAUGGAUCAUAUGAAAUAAAUUCCAGUGAAGCCUAUGGAUUCAUCUAAUAGUGAAUCCAGGAUGCCAGAGCGCAUCUUCUAGGGUCUUCGUUUCGCAGAAUGCAACAAGACCUGCUAUCCACUACAUCCCAAGAAACCCAUCCUCUGAAAAACGACCAAAAGAAAAUUUCCAAGAACUGCAAUGAUGACGGAUAUUGCUCUUCUUCAAGCACCCCGAAGUCGUCAGGGCAGCUGAGCACCACGGAGACCCCUCCGGAGAAGGUGACUUGUGAGCUGCUGAGCGAUGGGGCUCCCUGCACGACCCUCCAGGGGGACCCAACGGACGAGGACCGCAGCCCCAAAUCCACCGAAGAACGACAUACUUGGAGCAGAAAGGCCGACUUCCUCUUGUCUAUCAUCGGCUUUGCUGUGGACCUCGCUAAUGUUUGGAGGUUUCCCUAUUUGUGCUACAGAAAUGGAGGAGGAGUCUUUCUCAUACCAUAUAUCUUGAUGUUGGUUUUUGGGGCCAUGCCACUGUUCUACAUGGAAUUAGUGCUCGGCCAAUAUAACAGACAGGGACCAAUAAGUGUUUGGAAGAUAUGUCCGCUCUUUAAAGGCGUGGGUUUCUGCGCUGUUCUGAUCUCGUGGUAUGUUUCCUUCUACUACAACGUGAUCAUUGGAUGGACAAUUUAUUUCAUGGUUUCUUCCAUGACGUCAGAGCUGCCCUGGAUAAGAUGUGGCAAUGAAUGGAAUACCGAACGUUGUUGGGGAGGACUUAACGGUUCCACUAACAUAUCGUCCCUGGGAAAUUCCACUGUUGUACCAAACAAUCGGACCAGUCCUGCCCUAGAAUUUUUCGACCGAGGAGUUUUAGAAUUACACUUGAGCAAGGGAUUUGAUGACCUCGGAGCACCCAAAUGGCAGCUAGUGCUGUGCGUUUUCUCCGUCUUCGUCAUUCUUUACUUCGCACUCUUCAAAGGUGUCAAGUCAUCAGGAAAGGUUGUAUGGGUAACUGCCACUGCUCCGUAUGUCAUCUUGACUAUCUUAUUAUUUAGAGGAGCUUUCCUACCAGGAGCUGGACAAGGUGUUAUGUACUAUCUGAAUCCAGAUGUCUCUAAACUUCUAAAUUCUCAGGUUUGGGUAGAUGCCGCCGUACAAGUCUUUUUUUCUGUAGGAGUGGGAUUUGGAGUACAUCUAACAUAUGCAUCCUAUAAUAAUUUUCAUAAUAACUGUUAUAGGGAUUGUCUUUUAACGACGGCUAUCAACAGUUUCACAAGCUUCUACAGCGGUUUCGUCAUUUUCAUCUUCUUGGGAUAUAUGGCUCAUAAGCAUGAUGUCCCUAUCAACACCGUGGCUACUGAUGGUCACGGAUUAGUAUUCCAAGUGUACCCGGAGGCUAUCGCAACCUUACCUGGAGGUCAAUUUUGGGCAGUUCUCUUCUUCAUCAUGCUGCUCAGUCUUGGUCUGGACAGUGCGAUGGGAGGUUUAGAAUCAGUAAUCACAGGUCUGAUGGACGAAUUUAGAGACUUCUUCGAACGCUGGAAGUACAGUCGAGAAGUAUUUACCUCAUUUGUUCUCUUCACUUCAUUUAGCAUGGCUCUCAUCAACGUCACGAGAGGCGGUGGUUAUACAAUGCACUGGUUCGAUAACUAUUCUGCUAGCAUUUCUUUGCUAUUUUCUGCUCUUUUUGAAGCAAUUGGAGUAGCCUGGCUGUACGGUAUAGGUCCAUUUAGUGAAAAUAUUCGAGAAAUGAUCGGACACAAGCCAGGAAUCUUUUGGAGGUUAUGUUGGAAGUUCAUCAGCCCUGCAUUCCUAAUCGCAGUUAUAGGAUCGGCCAUCUUCAAUAAUUCUCCCUUAAAGUAUCAAGAUUACCUUUAUCCUACAUGGGCUGUUGCACUUGGUUGGGGAUUUGCCUUGUCAUCCGUCGCAAUGGUGCCAGCCGUGGCCUGUUAUAAACUCUGCAAAGCACGUGGUUCCUGCGUUGAGCGUAUUGCUUAUACUAUAACACCAUAUCCAGAGAGAAAAACAUAUAAAGAAACAGGAACUGUUACGAGAUUUAAGCUGGAACAUUGGGCUAAUGUUUAAUAGAAAACGUGAGACAACUAUUGCAGUCAAUGACUCAAGCAAGUCUUUUCUUGGACACAGUGGUAAUAAAUGACAAGUAUAUGUAAAGCACAUUUUCACAAGAUGAAUACGGGUCAGUCAUUUACAAGUGUAACAAAUUCAUUUACAAUUGUAAAUGCCCAUCCGAAGUACCAUCCAUUACAUUAAAAGAUUUUGUUUAUUCAGUCAUGGUAAAAAUUGAUAGCUAUGCUUACAGAAUACAUAUAAGCAUUAUAACCAUCUGUCAGUACCCAUUUUUUGUAUCCAAAGUAUAGUUACCUACAAGCAAAAUACCUUGUGGUGAAAAGAAAAGCCCAUGUAUGUCUAUCAAGCUUUUUGCCAAACAGGAUAAAACUAUAAUCACAUCUUAUUAGAAGGAAAAAAUAACUGAGAUAAAAGUUCCAGUUAUAUAAAAUACUGUCUCUGCAUUUGAAAUUAUCACAUUACAAAGCACUUUAUAAUUCAUGAAAUUUAGUUUUGUCUUUAAAGAAAUAUUCUGUGUAACUUUAAGACUUAAAAUGUUUAUGGUAGUUGAAAUGUAGAGAAAACUGAAGAAAAUUCAUCUUCAGAGUGACACCAUUCUUUAAAGUUCUUUGUGAGCUUAAUUUCGAAGAAUUAAUGAACUACGGGAAAACUUCAUCUUUCAUACGAAUGAGGACCAAGAUGUUGUUUUAUUUUAUCAGUUUUUCAGUAUACUGUUUUAGUUGUGUCAUAUAGCAAGAAAAUUCUACAUUCAUUGGAUUCAUGAGAAACAAUAGUAAUUGUGGCGCAGUUGGUUCUGUUAUCCAAGCAAAAAAGCAAACAAAAAAAAAAACACUUGAUGUAACUCACACAUAAUGAUCUGAUUUUAUAGGAUGGUUAUCUUUAUGUGGUAGGUAUAUAUUCAGCAAGUAACAAACUAUAUUUAAUAUGUUUAUACACUUAUGAUCUAUAAAAUACAGAAAAAUCUACGGCUAUUAGGAAGCUGUUCUUCAUUGUUACCAAUACUGUCAUUUUACAAAUAUCAAAACACAGUUCAUACACGAUGUAUUAACUGUGUUUUGAUAUUUGUUAUAAAAUGUGAAAUUUCAGUAUUGCACUCUAAAUGUAAUUAGACCUGUUUAUACAGCCCCUUUCUGCAAGAAAACUGAAUGUAUGAAUUCAAAAUAACCAAUUUUGCUAUUGUUAUAGUAAUCAUUCUACCUCUUUAUACUACCUAUUUGCAUAGUAAAACUGUAGAGUUAUGUAUUGUUGUUUGUGACCUUCAGUCAUCUUUCACUUAUUUAUUCUUAAAUUCUGAAAAUUACUGAAAACUGAAAUAGUUGAAAGUGAUUGCAUUGUUUCACAUUUUGUAUUCAUCUUUACUGCUAAGUAAAAAUAAAAUUGGUAAAAUAACAUAUUUUGAAAAUAAUACCCAAGUUUGCAUAAUUAUGUGUUAAAGAUCUGCUUGGAAAUUUUGAUGGUCAUCCAUGUCUCAUAUUUAGAAAAAUUAUGCGCAUGGAAUGCAAAAAAUUGUACCCAUUUGUAAGAAAUAUUGAAAUUAGUAAUAUAGUAGCAGUAUAUGUUUAUUUUAAAAUACUAGUAAGUCAUUCUGGUGAUUUAUACAGUAACACUAUGAUUUCUUAUACAGAACAACAGACAAUUAUUAAUAUAUUAAGUUCUGCCACACAUGCCCUGCCCGCAGCAGAAUCUUGUCACGUAGGCAUAGUUUUAAUUACAUCUACAGAAUGUACAGAACUUUGUUUGGGAAAUUUUGUUAGUGUAUGAUCAACCCAUGGUGUUGAUAAUUACGUGGUCAUUAACAAAAACAUAUCUUAAUAAAUAUGACACAUUUUUUUUAACUUGAAAUACAAGACCGCAAUUAAAAGGCUUGAAUUAUGACAAGAAUGAUGACCUCACUGAUCAAAAUAAUUUUGAAUUACUCUAUAAAAUUUUUUUCAUUUGAGUUAGGAUAGAUAGUGCAUCUUCAAUCCAUUAUUUUGUGACUGUAUCUGCAAAUCAAAGUACAAAUGUGUAAAACCUGUAGACGAUAGUUAAUAAUAAUGAUGGUUUCUUCUUUUAUGUAUUUUAAAUACAAAACACAUUGAAAUUAGUGAUAUCAUCACUGUUAUACUGAUAUUAAAUAAAUAAUUAAUCUCAGAAUACAAAAAUAUCACUUAAAAAUGGAAAUACUCUAUAUCACCUUCAACGAACAUAUUUAGAUUUCAAAUACUUUUUAAAGAUGCAACAGAAGUGUAUUAAAUUUUCAAAAUAUUUAACACUACAAACACUACAAGUUUUGUUUAAACUAAAACAAAACUUAUAGUGUUUAUAUUUAACACUAUAAACUCAGUUCUGAAUAUUUUAUUAAAUGACUGUAUAUAAUAUUUAUUAAAACACUUUUAUUAAAGAAUUUUAUCAAAGAAUGACAUACUCAAAAUUUCAUCUAAAGGUAAUAUUGAUCUACUCUCUUUGGUUUUGAACAAAUGAUUUAAAAAUAUAGUUUCAAAAGCAUUAAAUUUUUCUUCCAAAAAUUUAUAUAUUGAAAUAAAUUAUUAAUAUUAUAAUCAACUUGCUCCUCAAAACUUUUACUUUCUUUAAAAAUUUUAAUGAACUAGUUAUUUUUAAAUAUUUACCCUUUUUAAUAUACUAAAUAAAUCAAAUGUAAAUGAACUUAGGUCAGCAACAAGAAUUUCCCUUCUCAUUUUUCCUCAUAAAAAACUCAUUUUCAAAAAGAAUGUUAAAUUCUGGUUUUUUAAUUGUUAUAGUAAAACAAAUAUUUAUUUAUUUCAAUAUUUAAAAAAAUUAGCUUCAACAUCUGUUCACUUUCAAAAUUAGGUAUAACAUUUAGUUACACAUUUUACUACUGAACAUAAAAAUCAAAACAGGAAUUCAAAAAUUCUUAUGGUUAAAUUACAGUAUUAUUACAGAUUUAAGCCAGAGUAAGGUUUUAAAAUUAAAAAUUGGAAAAUAAAGAAUUAUGUUUUAAAAAAUAUAAGCUAUUCCUUUCAAAUUUAAACCACACUCUAAUUUUAUGUAUUAAAAAAGGUGGCUUAAAUUCAAUAAAAUAAAUUUUAAUUUUAAAAUAAGUUUAAAUAACAUUGCAUUUUUUGUUUUACAAAAUGUUUGAAUAUGUAGGGCAUUUCAAAAGAUUGUAUGACUAAAUUCUCUAAAGCAACUGGUUUUAGACCUAGAGCUUUAUUUUAAGACAUAAAUCAAAUCAGAACACUUAUAAAUAACAGCAGUUAUGAUAACAUGACAUCUUUUUUACGUAUAUGAUGUAAACAUAACAUAUACAUAAAAAAAUGCAUUUUUUACACAUCUAUACAUUUUUACGUAUAUGCUUCAAUUUUUGAAGUUAGUUUGCUUCUCAUUCUACUAAAAGGCCCACAGAAAAAAUAUUCAAUCUUUAAUAGGUAAAAUUAGUGUACAAAAAAAUGUCAUGAUUAUAUGAUUUAAGUCAUGUCCAUCAAAAGAAAAAGUUUACUUAACCUUUUAAGCAAAGCUUUUUAGAUCAAAUUGUAAAUUUCCCUAUUUGCAAAGCAUUUAUUACCUUGAUACACACAGUCAAUGCUUGCUUUAACAACCACUUUUAAUGACCACUACAAAAAAUCAGCAACUGAUUAGAAUAUAUUAAAUCUAUUUUCGCUACAAUAAUCAUUUAAAACUUUUUUUUUUUUUUUUUUUUUUUUUUUUUUUUUUUUUCCAGGACGCGAUGGGUCAUUGUAAGUGCCAACUGUAUAAUAAUUUAAUAAAUUGUUAUGACGAGAAUGAUUUCUGAAUUUGAAAGGAAAUACAAGAGGAAAAUAUUUUAAACAAGGAAGUUUUGGGGGGGGGAUAUGAUGAACAUGCAUACCAUAUACAAUGCCAAAACAUUUACAGUGUUAUGGGUCAUAAAAAAAUCCAAUUUUAUUAACUAAAAAAUUUUCAGAUUUAGCAUUCCUAUAAAUGGUAGUUUGAAAUUUAAUACUUUUAAAUGAAUAUCCAAUAUAAAAGGUAUCUUUUUAUAAACUUGCCUUCAAAAAUUUAACAUGUACGGGUAUUCUGUCCCCAAAACUUUUAAUUAAAGAUACCUGGGUAACUUUAGCAGCAAAAGGACAGAUUUUUUCCAUUUAAUUUCAUUAUGAAAAAUAUUUGUCUCGUUCAUAUCCUCCCCAUUUAACUCAUAUAAAAAUUUAAGAGUUAAAAAGUAUUACAUAAUUAAAUAUCUAGUAGUCCAUUACUUGUUCAUUUUUUAAACUGAAAACCAUAGGUCUUCAACUACGAUUCACACUGUAUUUAGUUAUAUAAUCAUUUUGAAAUGGUCAGUAUAAGCCAAACAAGAAUCUCGUCAUUCAUGUCAAGUAACACAAAUAUUAAAAUAUGGAUCGGAGCAUAUUAAAAAGUUUUAUUUUUCUUGCAAUUCAAUUCAUACAAGCAUGAAGCAUCUUGAUCUGAAUCAAGACUUUCAAGUCAUUUGGGGAUUUGAAAGAAAAAAGAAAAUUACAUGCAUAUAUUAUUUUGAUUUUGCAUUUUAAUUCAUUUUUCAUUGUAUGUACUUAGGAAACAAAUGCUAUAAGAGUUGUUUCAUUUUUACUGUUAUGUUAUCUUGUUCAAAAAUUUCUGUUGUAACCAUGUGAAUGCAUUCUUCAAAUUAACAAGUUAUUUGUACACAUUUAUCCUUUUUAAUAAACUAAAUUUUGUGCAA